AUGUCCACAACAACACAUUCCAAAUCUUAUUGCACCAAGCCUAGUCUUCCACCAUUUCCUUCUCCAUUCACCCCACCAUUUGAUGAGCUAUUCUCGUUAUUUCACGCCACUCCUCUCAAAAACAACCCUCAUGUCCGCAAUACACCUUCUCCCUUCGUCACCAUCAACCCUCCCCAAUUCGGUUCUCUCCCAGGCCCCCCACUCCCCAAAUUCGACGGCAACGACCCUGCUACUGGCUGCCUCUACACCAAUAUCCACGAAUACUUCGACUUCUACGCCACCCCUCACGAUGAGCGAGAGCGCUUAAUGGAUCUAUGCAUGGAAGGCGAAGCUGCACAGUGGCUCCAAUGGAUGAAGAUCAAAACUAGUGAAAUUUGGUCACCACCGCAGCCUUUACUUGCUUCAUCCUCGUAUCCUCUGCCACCGUGGACCGAACUGCCUGGGGAUGUAACUGUCAAUAUUCUGCAGAGGCUGGGGGCGGAGAUGCUCACAAGUGCACAGAAAGUGUGUACUACAUGGUGGAAGGUUUUCAAGGAUCCCGCCUCGUGUCGAGUCAUCGAUUUCUCCAACCCUAGACAGGGGAUUUUCAAUGACAAGUACAAUGUCAUGUGCCACCGUGCAGUAGAUCGUAGCCAGGGACAAUUGGUCGACCUCACCAUUCAGUACUUCGGUGACGAUGCACUCUUGGACUACAUCAUCCAUCGAUCACCAAAUCUCAUACGCCUUAAACUUGGAACUUGCUUUUUCCUAUCAGGAUAUUGUGCGCGUAAAAUGGUGGCAAAACUACCACAUUUGGAAGAAUUGCACCUUACUCUUAGAUCAGGGGUUGGUGCUUAUGAUAUUGAAAUAAUUGGCAAAUCAUGUCCAAUGUUGAAAUCAUUCUCGUGCAAUGGAUAUAAGUGCAAGCUUCGGACAUACAAAUAUGAUCCUUAUAUUGAAGGACAUUGUCGGAAUCUGUAUGCUCGUGCAAUCAGCAAAAGCAUGCCUAAUUUGCGGCAUCUUCAAGUAUUUGCACAUUAUAUGGGAAAUAUAGGACUCGAAGCCAUCCUUAACGGCUGUCCGCGUCUUGAAUCACUUGAUAUCCGGCGAUGUUUUGAUCUUGAUCUUGAAGGGGAUUUGGGGAAAAGAUGUCAGAAAAUUAAACACCUUAAACUCCCUAAUGAUUCUGUUAGUGAUGUACCAUGGCCUAAUUGCGAUGGCGGCGAUCCUUUUGCUCCUUUUGCCUUUUGCUUUGAAAAUUACGUACACGACUAUUAUAGCCGUAAAUAUAGAGCUUUAGGUUUCGGUUUCGGCUUCCGCAACAAUUAA